AUGAUGCAUCUUCAAACCCCCUUUUUUCUCUCAUUCUCAGCAUUGUUUAUAGGCUUCUUCUGUCACUGUUCUGCAACAAAAUUCACAGUGGGGGAUUCAGCAGGCUGGAUUAUUCCACCAUAUCCAACAUACUACAAUAAUUGGACACGUUCCCAUUUCAUAACAGUAGGCGAUUCUAUUGAAUUCCAGUUCGAUGACAAAUUCUACAACCUAAUUCAGGUAUCACAACAAGAGUACGAGCAUUGCACAUCACUUGAGCCUCUAAGGAUAUUCAAUAGUAGCCCAGUAAUUCUUCCACUGAAGGAGAAAGGUGUGUUGUUCUUCACAUGCAGCAUCUCAAACUACUGUUGUCUAGGCCAGAAGAUUGCAAUUUCUGUUCAUGAAAGUUCUUCACAAAAACCUCCAUCACCAUCACCUUCACCCUCUCAAGUGCCAAUCAUAAUCUCUCCUCCACAACUGUCACCAAAUGGGUCUGCUCCUCAACCUCAUGGAUCUAGUGGCAUGAUUAGCCCUCCACCUUCUACUGGAAACACUUCAGGAGGCAAUGCUGGGAACCCACCUGUGCCAUCUUCCACUCAAGAUGAUGCGAAUAAUGCAGUGGCCUUGGCAGGUGGGAGAAGUUUCACUCUGUCUCUGGGGCAAGUCUUGUCUAUUCUUGGUGCUUUCUUUGGCUUUUGGUUUGAGAAGGUAAAGUUUUCCAUUGCAAGCUUGCCUGAGACAACACCAUGGACAGGUGUCUCCACAGUGAUUGUGGUGUGGUUGGAGUGUGUCACAGCUGCAGGAACUGAAGGAGUGGUACGUGGAAUAUCAGUAGAGCACAAAUACUGGAAAAUGAAUUCUGAUAGAUGCAUUGAUGUAUUUAUGCAUGAUUUUGGAAUUACUACCAGGGAGUGA